GUACUUGCUCUGUCAUCAAAGGAAAAAAGGGGAGUAGAUCCGAAAGAAGAAAUUGAAAAUUAUAGAGAAAUUUGUGCAACCACCAACAACCAUCUUAAUUAGACAAAUUUUAAUUAAGAUAUUAGAUAAAAACUGGAGCAUAUUACUCCACCAACCAAGGAGUUUGAACAAAGAGAUUAUUGGCUUUGCGAAUUCACACUAAAUCAAGUGAAAAAUGAUUGGUGGUUUGUUUGUAUACAACCACAAAGGCGAGGUGCUCAUCAGCCGUGUCUAUCGCGAUGACAUUGGUCGCAAUGCCGUGGAUGCCUUUAGGGUCAACGUUAUCCAUGCUCGUCAGCAGGUUCGUUCGCCCGUCACCAACAUUGCACGUACCAGCUUUUUCCAUAUAAAGCGUGCCAAUAUUUGGUUGGCUGCUGUGACCAAACAAAAUGUUAACGCUGCCAUGGUCUUUGAGUUUUUGCUGAAAAUCAUAGAGGUCAUGCAAUCGUAUUUUGGCAAAAUAUCCGAGGAAAAUAUUAAGAAUAACUUCGUCUUGAUCUACGAGCUGCUCGAUGAGAUUCUGGAUUUUGGUUAUCCCCAAAACACAGACCCGGGCACAUUGAAAACGUUCAUUACUCAGCAGGGCAUCAAGUCGGCAACGAAGGAAGAACAGAUGCAAAUCACAUCUCAAGUAACUGGUCAAAUCGGUUGGAGACGUGAGGGUAUAAAAUACCGACGAAACGAAUUAUUCUUGGAUGUAUUGGAAUAUGUUAAUUUAUUAAUGAGUCCUCAAGGGCAAGUGCUUUCAGCUCACGUAGCUGGUCGGGUAGUAAUGAAAUCGUAUCUGUCGGGUAUGCCUGAAUGCAAAUUCGGUAUUAAUGACAAAAUUGUUAUGGAAUCUAGAGGUCGUGGAUUAUCUGGUAACACUGAGGCGGAUACUUCACGUUCCGGCAAACCGGUGGUGGUUAUUGACGACUGUCAAUUCCAUCAAUGCGUUAAACUUAGUAAAUUUGAAACGGAGCAUUCAAUUAGCUUUAUACCGCCGGACGGUGAAUUCGAAUUGAUGCGCUAUCGUACAACCAAAGAUAUUUCGCUGCCAUUCCGUGUUAUACCACUGGUGCGUGAAGUCGGACGCACCAAAAUGGAAGUAAAAGUGGUCUUGAAAUCCAAUUUCAAGCCCUCUCUAUUGGGACAAAAGAUUGAGGUUAAAAUUCCCACACCCCUUAACACUUCGGGGGUACAACUGAUCUGUUUGAAGGGCAAAGCCAAGUAUAAGGCAUCCGAAAAUGCCAUAGUCUGGAAGAUCAAACGUAUGGCCGGCAUGAAAGAAACUCAACUCUCGGCAGAAAUAGAACUUCUUGAGACCGAUACGAAAAAGAAGUGGACCCGUCCACCCAUCUCUAUGAACUUUGAAGUACCUUUUGCACCAUCCGGCUUUAAAGUGCGCUAUUUGAAAGUAUUCGAGCCCAAACUGAAUUACUCCGACCACGAUGUGGUCAAAUGGGUGCGCUACAUUGGACGUAGUGGUCUCUAUGAAACACGUUGCUAAAUUAUAUCUGCGUCCGUUUCGAUUUAUGCAAUCCGGAAUGAGUUGAACAACAGCAAGCAAUGUUGCGCACGAAAAAAAAAAGAAGAAAGACCUAUUACAAGAUCCUAUGUUGUUUUUGUUAAUUCCUCGUUGACACAUCAAACAAGUUUCAAUCGAUUCGAGCAAUUGAACAAAUGUUUGCAAAAUUAUUAAAAUAAUUCCAAUAAAUAUAAACAAAAUAUAUAUAUUUAAUUUAGACUACACACACACACACAUGUAUUCCUAAAACACAAAGUUAUUUAAAAAAUACCCUUUAUUCAUUCAUUACAAUGCUUUAUAUAAUGUAUUGGUUUUUAUAUAUAUAUAUAUAUAUAUAUAUAUUUAUCUUUGUAACCCUUAUUGUGUAAUGUACCAUAUUAUUUUGUUUCCUAUUUUCUUACUUUGAAAAGUUAAAAACACUUUUUAAGACAAAUAAUCUCUCUUUUCGAAAAACAAAAUACAAUUUAUAGUUAGUUGUAGCAAAAGAAAGAUACGCGAAUGAGCUAUGUUGGCCCCGGACCACAUGAGCAAGUGAUCGUGUUCAUUGUUACGAACCACAAGCCAUACGAUUUGAGUUGGAAAAGGAUGAACUAUCAAACCAUUCUUCUCAAGCAUAAACAACAAAUUAAUAAUGCAUAUAAGUAUAGAGUGUUACCACCACAAAAGCAAACAAUAAUUACUCAAAAUUACUACAAUGUUUUUCUUUACUGUGAAUGAAAUUCAUAAACAAUUUUAUCUCAGCCACCCUUCUCUACUGCUCCCACACAUAGACCUUAGCAACCACUACAAUCAUUCAGAAAGACACAUCAAUUGGGUAUUCUUUAGAUCCGUAAAUUGUAAUAAUCAUUAUAAAUGUAUGUAUAUUCUCUGCGGGGAGCAACCUAACCAAGUUAAAACAUUCAAGAAUACAUUAAUAAAUACCAAUGCAGCAAGUUACAAUA